GCCCCAGCCGACCACGUGAGGGCGUGCCCUGUGUUAGUUCGGACAAAUUAAAGCUUGUCCUGCGGGCAGGCCUGGGGCCCCCUGGACGCGCUCGGGGCUUAGGUGGCCGCGGCGCACUCUUGGCUGCCGGCCGCAAAGCUCCGCGCCGCGCGGCCUCCCCCGGGGCCCGAGCUAUUCGUCUCCAAACCGGGUGCCCCCCUCCACUCGCGCUCCCGCAGCCUAGGGUGCACCCCUCCGUUCCCCUUUGUCGAGCCCUUCCCGGGCGCAGGCCGCUUCUCCGCUGCGCCGCAGGCUCGGGCCCUGUCCGGGGCGUUCGGCGGUGGGCUCGGUGGCGCCCGGGAGGCGCUGCCCGGGAAGCCAGAGGCCGAGGAAGGGGCUCCAAGAAGCACAAGUUGGCGCUGGCUCCAGACCAGGCUGUUGUUGUUCUCAACGUGGUCCGCCACGGAGCUAUAAAGGCGGAGCGGAGCGCCCUCCUCACUAGAGCGCAGCGCGCACGCCCAGCGAGCUCCGGCGGCAACGGUGGUGGCGGCAGCAGCGGCGCUUCCCUCGGCAGAUUUCCUCGCUCCUGCAGGGUCCCGGCUCCGGCGCCCUCCGCCCCGGCCCCUCCGCUCCGGCUCCGGCCCCGGCCCCGGCCCAGGACCCCCGAUCCGGCCGGCCCGGCCCCCACCCCAGCCCUGCCGCCCGGCCCCAGGCCCGGCCGCGGCCGCUCCCGCCUGGAGCCGCCGCGCGCCCCCAGUCCCCCGGCGCCCCCUCGGCCUCUCGCCUUCCUCUUCCCGGCGCGGCCCCCGGGCUUCCGCGCCCCGCCCGCCACCAACCCGCUCGCCACCAUGUCUGUGGAGCUCGAGGAGGCCCUGCCGCUGACGACCGCCGAGGGGGCGGCCAAGAAGGCGGCCAAGGCUGGCGGCUCGGCAGCGCUGUCCCCGUCCAAGAAGAAGAAGAACAACAAGAAGAAGAACCAGCCGGGCAAGUACAGCCAGCUGGUGGUGGAGACCAUCCGCAGGCUGGGCGAGCGCAACGGCUCGUCGCUGGCCAAGAUCUACACGGAGGCCAAGAAGGUGGCGUGGUUCGACCAGCAGAACGGGCGCACCUACCUCAAGUACUCCAUCAAGGCGCUGGUGCAGAACGACACGCUCCUGCAGGUGAAGGGCACCGGCGCCAACGGCUCCUUCAAGCUCAACCGCAAGAAGCUGGAGGGCGGCGGCGAGCGGCGCGGAGCCACAGCGGCCGCCACCGCCCCGGCGCCCACCGCGCACAAGGCCAAGAAGGCGGCCCCGGGCGCGGCCGGCCCCCGGCGCGCGGACAAGAAGCCGGCCAAGGGCCAGAAGCCCGAGAAGCGCUCGCACAAGAAGGGCGCCGCCUCCAAGAAGGACAAAGGCAGCAAGGCUAAGAAGGCGGCGGCUGCCGGGGGCAAGAAGGUGAAGAAGGCGGCCAAGCCCAGCGUCCCCAAGGUGCCCAAGGGCCGCAAGUGAGCUCGCCGGCCUGCCGGGUCUUUCCGGUGUUCGGUUUUUCUACCCCAAGUGUAUGUAGGUUUUUGUACGGUUGCCCGGCCAGGCCACCGCCGCCCCUGCUCUGAGCCGCACGGAGGGCCCGGGGCUCCCUCCAUCCCCUUUCCUGCCCCCCCUCCCCCGCCGCCGUAGCGGUUUUUUGUUGUUGUUUUUGCUUUAGAUUUUUGAAACGGCCAGGCGACGCCCCUAUUGGCUCUCGCCCUUGGCAACGGCUGUCUCCAUGGUAACCGGCCCCUAGGCGCCAAUGGCCGAGGCCGCGCCUGCCUGCCAGGGCGGGGGCCGCGGGUUGGCCGGGCCCUGGUGCGCUGAGACGCCGCCGCCGCGCCGCCCUUCCCCACUCCCCACCCUCCGCCUUUGGGUGCGCGACAAACAAUCGCUCGGGGCGCGGGGCCGCGCGGCCUUCCUUUCCUCCCGUUGGCCUUUUUGGGGCACAAUAAAUUGUUUAAACCUUUGAA